GUUCAUCUUCUCAUGUACAUAGCUGCCCAAUACCUACCAUGAUACAGGCCCAAACAAGAGGGCAGGUUGUGCAGGGGGUGCAGGCGUAUGGCCUGGCCCCCGGUGCACGGAAAAUGAUUGAUGCUGAAGAAGCGGCGGCCCAGCUGGCGAUGCAGACCGGCCUGUACGGUGUGUGGCGCAGCGCCAAGGGCACCGACUGCACCCGCAUCGGCCCCACGGCCCGCUGCUUCUGCAAUCACCCCUUCUCGGAGCACUUCUUCGUGUCGCCCAAGUCGCCCUACCCCAUCUGCAAGGGGUGCUCCUGCCGCGGCUUCGCCUUCAUUCCCUCCCGGCCUGAGGAAGUCGGCGAGUGGUGGCUGCCACGCCGGAAGGGCUUCAACGUGCACACCUGGCGCGCCAAGUGCCGCUGCGGCCACGGCCACGACGAACACGACCCGCACACACGCCGCUGCCGCUGCGGCUGCCCCGUCUUCACCUCCAACUUCGCAUGCCUGGUGCGUGUGUGUGUGUGGGUGUGUGGGUGUGUGUGUGUGUGCGUAGGUGGGUGUGGGUGUGGGUGUGGGUGUGGGUGUGGGUGUGUGUGGGUGUGUGCGUAGGUGGGUGUGGGUGUGGGGGUGGGUGUGGGGGUGGGGGGUGGGUGGGUGGGUGGGUGUGUACGUGUGUGUACGUGUGUGUACGUGUGUGUACAUGUGUAUACAUGUGUGUGUGUAUGUGUGUGUGUGUGUGUGUGUUUCUGGGUGUAUGAGUUUGUGUGUGUGGAGGGGGGGUUG